AUGUCUGAAAUGAAGAAGACGCACAAGCGGGCCAAGAUCAAGCGUUGGCUGAGAAGUUGGGUUUUCACUCCUCUAGGCAACGUGAGGAUCAAGUUGAUCAACAAGGUCGAGCGGAAGCGUCGAAGUAUCCCGGACGGCGAGCUCAAUCGGAUCGUUUCUGGGGCUCUCACUGAUCAGUAUCCGUGUCGCUUUUUUCGGGACCGCAAUGAUCUCCAAGUAUCGAGCCCAAGGAGGAGGUCGCUACUCGAGACUGAGUUUGACCCAUCUCUGGUAGAUCUGGUAGUUCCUAUGUCAAUACAGCCAGAAGGCCCACGACACCAGUCUUCUAGACUUGAUUCGGGUGUGGCCAACGGCCCUCUGGUUGACAGAGUCGCAAUUGCUUUGGCUACUGCCCAACCUAAGCCUCCCCAUGAUCCUCGUGGAAGCUGGCGAGGGGAUGAACAUUCUGUGCUGAGAAUCAUGAAUCCGGACCUGUCUAAUUUGAGUAGUGAGGAUGAGGAGUCUGAGGAGUCCGGUCCAAUUUCUGUAUUUGAGGUUGAUAGGAAUGUGUACGGGCUUUGCGCACUUAGAGAAAGCAGCCCAGCCUUACAUGCCGAGUUAAGUGGUGAAGAAACGCAAUUUGGGCAGUCACCUUCUGUCUUGGUAGCCAAGUCUGAUGUUGGGAUGGCCGGUCUCCCAGGGAUUGAAGAGCUGGCUUUUCAAGUCCCAGAUUUGUAUUUCAUCCAUCAACCCGAUCCUCCAUUAUGCUGUCUCAUCUCCUCAGCUCUUCGAGACUCCAGCUCAUCUGUUCUCUUCGAGAAUGGUAUCUGCUCAUGUGCUCACGCCUCACACGGUGUUGAACCAGUUAUUCAACAUAUGUCCUCAUCUAUGUCGCGAUCAUCCAUCAAGAGUGCCAAUUCCCAGAUAAGCACCAUGGAUUUCCUCAUCCGCCAAACACAGAGAAAGCGAGAUAUCAUCUUGAAAAAUCGUUAUAUCUCGCCAUAUGUUCCCUUACAACCACGACCACUCAUCAUUCGAAAAAAGUGUAGUGUCACCCUCGAGAAAACAGGGAAUGAUGUCCUGCCCCCGGUUCCUGUAGAGACACCCCACGAUGUGACAGCACCAGUACAACGCCCACCAUACAGUCUCCGCCGUAAAAUCCAACACGGCUCAUUACCUCCCCUACCUCAUUCGACACCCAGUACCUCAUCCAUUUUCUCUUCUUCAUCUGAACCAGCAAACCCCAGCUCUCGACCACCCGGCAUUUCAUCCACCACUCCUUCUGCCUCUGCCUCUGCAUCAGCAACACCCGGUGAUAUCCCACAGUACCCUGACCGACCAACAUCAAUGUGCGGUGGCUGUCUCGCAGGACGACACCGCUCUCUCCACAGUCAUCCCUAUCAUCGCCGUGGUGACAACAGCCUGCAAUUUGGAAAUCCCCCGCUCCCAUACCCACUUAGCCCCCGAGAACCGACCCGCCUUCCAGCUGGCAUUGACGGUUUGCCGACUUCGCUCAGGGCUGGCCCGCAGUGCCGGCACUGUACGACCCGUCAAUCUGGGGUUGUCUCUCCCCCAGUGUUAGUUGGUCCUCGGGGGUUGAAUCGUGUCUCCGUCUCCUUCUCAGACACCGCACCUGACUCCCCAUGGGCUGGCCCUGUAGGUCCCAGGGGGUUCUAUGCUGAAUCCGCAGAUGACUUGCCUUUGCCUGUUGAAUCAGAUCGCAUCGCGGAGAGUGUUGGUUCAUCUGGAUUGGAAAUGUGUCUAAUAGCAGGAUCGGCUGCGCAAAUCCGGAGAUACCGUUGA